CGUCCCGUCCUGUCCAGUCCGGUCCCCCGCGCGGCACGGCCCGCGCUCUGUCUCGGCCGCCUUCCGCCGUCCUCGGCUGCGCCAUGGCCAGCCUGCGGCCGUCCGGCCCGGCCCCACUGCGGUCACUACUGUUGCUCCUGGUGGUGGCCGCGCACACCCUGCCCGACGCGGGUGGGACGUGCCCGGAACGCGCGCUGGAGCGGCGCGAGGAGGAGGCGAACGUGGUACUCACCGGCACCGUGGAGGAGAUCCUCAACGUGGACCCGGUGCAGCACACGUACUCGUGCAAGGUUCGUGUCUGGCGGUACUUGAAGGGCAAAGAUGUGGUGGCCCAGGAGAGCCUGAUGGAUGGCAGCAACAAGGUGGUGAUCAGUGGUUUCGGAGAUCCCCUCAUCUGUGACAACCAGGUGUCCACUGGGGACACCAGGAUCUUUUUUGUGAACCCAGCACCUCCCUACCUGUGGCCAGCCCACAAGAAUGAGCUGAUGCUCAACUCCAGCCUCAUGCGGAUUACUCUGCGGAACCUGGAGGAGGUGGAGUUUUGUGUAGAAGACAAACCAGGGACCCACUUCACACCAGUGCCUCCGAUGCCUCCAGAUGCGUGCAGGGGAAUGCUGUGUGGCUUUGGCGCUGUGUGCGAGCCCAGUGCGGAGGAUCCAGGCCGGGCCUCUUGUGUGUGCAAGAAGAGCAUCUGCCCAGCUGUGGUGGCCCCUGUGUGUGGCUCAGAUGCAUCUACUUAUAGCAAUGAGUGCGAACUGCAGCGCGCUCAGUGCAGUCAGCAGCGACGCAUUCGCCUCCUCCGCCGGGGGCCGUGCGGGUCCCGGGAUCCCUGUGCCAACGUGACCUGCAGCUUCGGCAGCACAUGUGUGCGCUCCGCUGACGGGCAGACUGCCUCAUGCCUGUGUCCUGCAACCUGCCAUGAGGCUCCGGAGGGCACCGUGUGUGGCAGUGAUGGCAUUGAUUACCCCAGCGAGUGCCAGCUGCUACGCCAUGCCUGUGCCCGCCAGGAACACAUCUUCAGGAAGUUUGAUGGACCCUGUGACCCCUGCCAGGGCGCCCUCUCUGACCUGAGCCGCAUCUGCCGGGUGAACCCCCGCACACGCCGCCCAGAUAUGCUCCUGAGGCCAGAGAACUGCCCUCCCCGGCAGGCACCUGUAUGUGGAGAUGAUGGGGUCACCUAUGAAAAUGACUGCAUCAUGGGCCGUACAGGGGCUGCCCGUGGCCUGCUCCUGCAGAAAGUGCACUCUGGCCAGUGCCAGCCUCGAGACCAGUGCAUGGAGGCCUGCCAGUUCAAUGCUGUAUGCCUGUCCCGCCGUGGCCGUCCCCAUUGUUCCUGUGACCGUGUCACUUGUGAUGGGGCCUAUAGGCCUGUGUGUGCCCAGGAUGGGCACACGUAUGACAACGACUGUUGGCGCCAGCAGGCUGAGUGUCAGCAGCAGCGUGCCAUCCCCCCCAAGCACCAGGGCCUGUGUGACCAGGCCCCAUCCCCGUGCCGUGGGGUGCAGUGUACACUCGGGGCAACGUGUGCUGUGAAGAAUGGCAAGGCUGCAUGCGAAUGCCAGCAGGUGUGCUCGGGUGUCUAUGAUCCCGUGUGUAGCAGCGAUGGUGUCACGUAUGGCAGCAUAUGUGAGCUGGAGGCCAUGGCCUGUGCCCUCGGCCGGGAGAUCCAAGUGGCCCGCAGAGGACCCUGUGACCGAUGCGGGCAGUGCCGCUUUGGAGCCCUGUGCGAGGCAGACACUGGGCGCUGUGUUUGCCCCUCUGAAUGCGUGGCCUCAACACAGCCUGUGUGUGGUUCUGAUGGGCACACAUAUGCCAGCGAGUGCGAACUGCAUGUCCACGCCUGCACACACCAGAUAAGCCUGCACGUGGCCUCAGCUGGGCACUGCAAGACCUGUGGAGAUACAGUGUGUGCCUUUGGGGCUGUGUGCUCUGCUGGGCAGUGUGUGUGUCCUCGGUGUGAGCACCCACCACCUGGUCCUGUGUGUGGCAGUGAUGGUAUCACCUACCGCAGUGCGUGUGAGCUACGGGAAGCUGCCUGCCGGCAGCAGAAGCAAAUUGAGGAGGCCCGGUCAGGGCCAUGUGAUCAGGCUGAGUGUGGCUCGGGAGGCUCUGGUUCUGGGGAGGACAGCGAGUGUGAGCAGGAACUAUGCCGGCAGCAUGGUGGCAUCUGGGAUGAGGACUCUGAAGAUGGGCCAUGUGUCUGCGACUUCAGCUGCCAGAAUGUCCUGAGGAGCCCGGUAUGUGGCUCAGAUGGGGUCACCUACGGCACUGAAUGUGACCUGAAGAAGGCCAGGUGCGAGUCACAGCGAGAACUACACAUUGUGGCUCAGGGAGCCUGUCGUGGCCCCACCUUGGCCCCACUGUUGCCUGAGGUCCUCCCACACUGUGCCCAGACUCCCUACGGCUGCUGUCAGGACAAUGUCACUGCUGCCCGGGGUGUGGGCCUGGCUGGCUGUCCCAGCACCUGCCAGUGUAACCCACAUGGCUCCUACAGUGGCACCUGUGACCCAGCCACAGGCCAGUGCUCCUGCCGACCAGGCGUGGGUGGCCUCAAGUGCGACCGCUGUGAACCUGGCUUUUGGAAUUUCCGUGGCAUUGUCACUGAUGGCCGAAGUGGCUGCACUCCCUGCAGCUGUGAUCCCCGGGGUGCUGUGCGGGAUGACUGUGAGCAGAUGACUGGACUGUGUUCCUGUAGGCCUGGCGUGGCUGGUCCCAAAUGUGGGCAGUGUCCAGAUGGUCAAGCCCUGGGCCCUGCUGGCUGUGAAGCAGAUUCCUUGGCACGUGAGACCUGUGUGGAGAUGCACUGUGAGUUUGGUGCUUCCUGUGUGGAGGAGGCUGGUUCUGCCCACUGUGUCUGCCCAACCCUCACAUGCCCGGAGGCCAAUGCCACCAAGGUCUGUGGGUCAGAUGGUGUCACAUAUGGCAAUGAGUGCCAGCUGAAGACCAUCGCCUGCCGCCAGGGCCUGGACAUAUCCACCCAGAGCCUUGGCCCAUGCCAGGAGGCUGUUGCUCCUGGUUUUCACCCAACAUCUCCAACUGGGACCACCCCAGGGCACGUUCUGAGCAAUGCACUGCUGCUCCCCGCCAGUGCCCUGCCCCUGGCUCCCAGCAGCACUCCCCAUGGCUGGUCCACUCCUCCUCCCACGUCACGACCUUGGACCACAGCCACCAUCCCCAGGAUCACUAUACAACACAUGCUGACCCUGCCCCCCACAGCACCCUUCACUACAUCUAGCCUUGCCAUGUCUGCCUUUGGUGAAUCUGGCAGUGCUGAUGGGAGCGGCGAUGAGGAGCUGAGUGGGGACCAGGAAGCCAGUGGGGGAGGCUCUGGGGACUGCACCUCCCCAGGCCUCGAGCCCUCUGAGGGCAAUAAUAUGGUGACCCAUGGGCCGCCCAUUGAGAGGGCUUCCUGCUACAACUCGCCUUUGGGCUGCUGCUCCGAUGGCAAGACGCCCUCCUUGGACACAGAGGGCUCCAACUGUCCUGCUACCAAGGCGUUCCAGGGUGUGUUGGAGCUCGAGGGGGUUGAGGGGCAGGAGCUGUUCUACACACCUGAGAUGGCUGACCCCAAGUCAGAGCUGUUUGGGGAGACCGCCAGGAGCAUUGAGAGUGCGCUGGACGACCUGUUCCGGAACUCAGAUGUAAAGAAGGACUUCCGGAGUGUCCGCCUGAGAGACCUGGGGCCUGGCAGAUCUGUACGUGCCAUUGUGGAUGUACACUUUGACCCCGCCACAGCCUUUCGGGCACCUGAUGUGGGCCGAGCCCUGCUCCGGCAGAUCCAGGCAUCCAGACGCAGGACCCUGGUGGUGAGGAGGCCUCUCCAGGAGCAUGUGCGAUUCAUGGAUUUUGACUGGUUUCCAGCAUUCUUCACGGGAGCUGCAACAGGAGCCACGGCUGCUGUAGCCACUGCCAGAGCCACCACUAUGGGGCGACUGCCUUCCUCUGCUGUAACUCCUCGGAUCUACCCCAAUCACACCAGCCGGCCUUUUGGCAAGACCACAGCACCCCCAACCACCCGCCGGCCACCCACCACAGCCCCUAGCCGGGACCGGCCUCAGCCCCCAGGCCCACAGCAGCUGCCAAAGUCCUGUGCUUCCCAGCCCUGCCUCCAUGGGGGGACCUGCCAGGACCAGGACUCUGGCAGGGGCUUCACCUGCAGCUGCCCUGCAGGCAGGGGAGGCACUGUCUGUGAGGCAGUGCUGCACCCCUCUGUGCCAGCCUUUGGGGGACACUCCUUUUUGGCCUUCCCUACCCUCCGUGCCUACCACACACUGCGCCUGGCGCUGGAAUUUCGGGCGCUAGAGCCUGAGGGACUGCUGCUCUAUAACGGCAAUGCGCGUGGCAAGGACUUCCUGGCACUGACACUGCUGGGUGGGCGUGUGCAGCUCAGGUUUGACACAGGUUCAGGGCCAGCGGUACUGGCCAGCUCAGUGCCAGUGGAACCUGGCCGGUGGCACCGUCUAGAACUGUCACGGCAUUGGCGUCAGGGCACACUCUCCGUGGAUGGUGAGACCCCUGUUGUGGGUGAGAGCCCAAGUGGCACUGAUGGCCUCAACCUGGACACAGACCUCUUCGUGGGUGGCAUUCCAGAGGACCAGGCUGCUGUAGUGCUUGAGCGGACCUCCAUUGGCAUUGGCCUGAAAGGCUGCAUCCGUCUGCUGGACAUCAACAACCAGCAACUGGAGCUUGGCAGAUGGCAGGGGACUGUGGCCCGAAGCUCUGGCGUCGGAGAGUGUGGGGACCACCCCUGCCUGCCCAGCCCCUGUCAUGGAGGGGCGCUGUGCCAAGCACUGGAGGCUGGCAUGUUCCACUGUCAGUGCCCGCCUGGCCGCUUUGGCCCGACCUGUGCGGAUGAGAAGAGCCCCUGCCAGCCAAACCCCUGCCACGGGGCAGCCCCUUGCCGUGUGCUGCCAGGGGGUGGGGCCAAGUGCGAAUGCCCUUUGGGACGAGGGGGCACCCUCUGCCAGACAGUCUCGGAGAGGGAUGCUGGCUCCUGGCCCUUUCUGGCUGACUUCAACGGCUUCUCCUAUCUGGAGCUGAAAGGCUUGCACACUUUCGAGCGAGACCUGGGGGAGAAGAUGGCACUGGAGGUGGUAUUCUUGGCCCGUGGCCCUAGUGGCUUGCUCCUCUACAAUGGACAGAAGACAGAUGGCAAGGGAGACUUUGUGUCACUGGCCCUGCAUGACCGGUACCUGGAGUUCCGCUAUGACCUAGGCAAGGGAGCUGCAGUCAUCAGGAGCAAGGAACCCAUAGCCCUGAGCACCUGGACCAGGGUCUCAGUGGAGCGAAACGGCCGCAAGGGUGCCCUUCGUGUUGGCAGUGGGCCCCGUGUGCUGGGGGAGUCCCCGAAAUCCCGCAAGGUGCCGCACACUAUGCUUAACCUGAAGGAGCCGCUCUAUGUCGGAGGGGCUCCUGACUUCAGCAAGCUGGCCCGGGCAGCUGCAGUGUCCUCUGGCUUCAAUGGUGCUAUCCAGCUGGUCUCCCUGAGAGGCCGCCAGCUCUUGAUAAAGGAGCAUGUGCUGCGGAUGGUGGAUGUUUCAUCCUUUGCAGAUCACCCUUGUACCCAGGCCUCAGGCCACCCCUGCCUCAAUGGGGCCUUAUGCCUCCCAAGGGAAGCCACCUAUGAGUGCCUGUGUCCUGCAGGCUUUUCUGGGCUGCACUGUGAGAAGGGGCUGGUAGAGAAGUCAGCAGGAGACCUAGAGACACUGGCCUUUGAUGGACGGACCUAUAUCGAGUACCUCAAUGCAGUGACCGAGAGCCCCGAAACUCUGGAUUCCGGGGCCCAUCACAGUGAGAAGGCACUGCAGAGUAACCACUUUGAACUGAGUCUGCGCACUGAGGCCACACAGGGGCUGGUGCUAUGGAGCGGCAAGGCUACAGAUCGUGCAGACUAUGUGGCGCUAGCCAUUGUGGAUGGAUACCUGCAGCUAAGCUAUGACCUGGGCUCCCAGCCUGUGGUGCUGCGCUCCACUGUGAGGGUCAACACCAACCAUUGGCUGCGGGUCAGGGCUCACAGGGAGCAGAGGGAAGGUUCUCUUCAAGUGGGCAAUGAGGCCCCUGUGACCGGCUUCUCCCCUCUGGGUGCCACACAACUGGACACAGAUGGAGCCCUAUGGCUUGGGGGCCUUCCGAAGCUGCCAGUGAGCCAGGUCCUACCCAAGGCCUACGGCACAGGUUUUGUGGGCUGCCUGCGGGACGUGGUGGUAGGCCAGCGCCGGCUGCACCUGCUGGAGGAUGCUGUCACCAAGCCAGAGCUGCGUCCCUGCGCUGCCCCAUGAGCCACCAUCCAAGCUCCCGCCUUUCCUGCUGUAAUUAUUUUCUAUUUUUGUAAACUUGUUGCUUUUUGAUAUGAUUUCCUUGCCUGUGUAUUGGCCAGAGGGACUGCUGGCCCAGCCUCCCUUCCGUCCAGGCAGUGGUGCUGUGGAGACAAACUGGUGCGGAAGGACUUGCAGGGGCAGUGUGGCAGCCUGGAGCACUGAGCUCAAAGGCAGCCUCAGGACACACCCCUCUGCCUCAGGGUGCCAUGCCUCAGCCCCUUGCACUGUGCAUCUGUGCCUAUCCACAUGUGUUGGUCCCUUGUGUAGUCUGGCCUGUUGGCAGACCCUGCUCCCCCACGUCACCCAUGCUGCAUGGGAUGAGGAAUGUGUACCAGAGCAUGAGGGGGCUGCUGGGAUUUGAUGGGGGCCUUUCUAGGUUCCCACUUUAAGCUGCUCUUUCUUCCUGUGUGUGCUGUGGGCUAGCCUCAUCUUGGGCUAGCCUGGACCCCAGGGCCCUGUGCCAAUACUGUGACUUAGAAGCAGUGUUACUGCUGGGGCCAUACUCUGCCUUCUCUGUAUAUGUCCACCAGUUCUAGGGUGGUACAAGCCAGGCCCAUCUAGGGUGCCCCGACUGGCCCUCAGCUGGUCUUGCCCAUCUACCCUGCCACUCUGGAUGUGGCCAUCCCCCCCCACACACAUUUGGGGAGCCUCUCAAAUGAAGUGGGCUACUGUGUGUGAAGUGGUUGACUUCCAUUGCCUGUCUGCCAGGGCAGCCAACAGUGCCCCUCUCCUCAAAGGAUGGAUGUCCAGGUCUGACCACCAACGACGUUCUUCAUACAUUGGUUUUAUUUCAUGCCUGAAGUGGCAGAACUGUUGUCUUUCCUAUUCUGGUCCCAGAGCAGCUGAGGGCUACCCCACGGCAACCCUCACUAGUUCCAGUGUGAGUGGUGGUCAUCCUUUUCUGAGAAUGACCAGGAAUAGGCCCAGUCAUGACCAAGGCCAAAGGGCAGGUGCAGGAAUGGCAGAGAUGGCUGCAGAGCUAGAAAUGCCUUAAACUGCAAUGUCUGUCCCCCCCACUCCCUGCCAUGAAUGCCCAGCCAAGUUUUCUUGGGAGCAAGACAAGAUAAAGCUGGUGGGUAGCAGCCUGACCCUCCCCUUGUUGCUGGGGGAGGAAGAAGGCUGGUGGGAGCUGCAUGGUGUCUCAUUACUAACUUCAGUAUGUAUGUGUCUGUGUCA